UCUAUAUGCAGGAGAGAGCUGCCGCCGUCCCUGAACAAUUGGAGACGAGGUGGUUGUGCAACGAUAUAAUCUUGCUUCUUUAAGCUCCAUGAUAUUUAAGUAUUAUGUGACGAUUACACCAGAGUGACCAAGAAGAGAGAAGUAGUAAAAAACCAGGAACUGGAUAAAGAAUAAUUACAUAGAAUAAGUAUUACGCAUGCGCACAACGAGUCCCUUCUAAAUCACCGAACGAAUUACCGGCACUAUCGGGUAACUGAUUGAACUGAAGGUAAAAAGAGGUCCUGGUCGGUGGAAAUAAUGCCGCUGGUACGUUGGUGGAACGCUGUUAUCGGGAUCAGUCGGUUUAGGACGUGGGAACAACUGACUGCCAUAGCGGGGUCAGGGGCGUCAGAAGACAGAGCAUCCGUACGUCUGACGGCUCCACAGCCGGUAGUCCAGCGGACGGCUGUCGACAGAACACUCCGUCGUGGUAUGGCGAGCAGCGCAUCCGGAAGGAAAGUCCUCUCGGAGGACAAUGUCUUCACGAACUUACGGAAAGUGGAAUACGCGGUGCGCGGGCCCAUUCUCCAGCGCGCCCUGGAGAUUGAAAAGGAACUCAUGAAGGGAGUCAAAAAGCCGUUCAAGGAAGUGAUAAAGGCUAAUGUGGGAGAUGCACAUGCUAUGGGUCAACAACCAAUAACCUUCCUGAGGCAAGUGCUGACAUUAACGGUGUCGCCGAGUCUCCUGGAUGAUCCUAGGUACCCCGAGGAUGCGAAGGAACGGGCUAGAGUACUUUUAGAUGGUUGCAAAGGAGGUAGCAUUGGCUCGUACACGGAAUCGCCUGGAAUCGAGAUCAUACGCAGGCACGUGGCUCAAUACAUCCAGAAUCGGGAUGGAAUUCCUUCUGAUUACCGUAACGUCAUCCUCUCAAAUGGAGCUUCAGAUGCAAUCAAAUCGUUCCUGAAGUUGUUUAAUGAAAAACUGGAUGGAAAAGCAUCCGGGGUAAUGAUACCCAUUCCACAGUACCCUUUGUAUUCUGCUACACUGACAGAAUUUGGGCUCUGUCAGAUAGGAUAUUACUUAGACGAGGAGAAUAAAUGGGCUCUUAAUAUUUCUGAGUUACAAAGAGCAUUGGACGAGUCAAGAAAAUACUGUAAUCCUCGCGUAUUGGUUGUAAUAAACCCUGGCAAUCCGACGGGCCAGGUUCUCACGCGUUCUAACAUAGAAGACAUUAUUCGGUUUGCUCAAAAGAAUCAUCUGUUCAUACUGGCGGAUGAAGUCUAUCAAGAUAAUGUGUACGACAAGGACAGUGCCUUCCACUCGUUUAAGAAAGUAAUGACUGAAAUGGGCGAACCGUACUCUAAAAUGGAAUUGGCGUCCUUCAUGUCUAUAUCUAAAGGCUACAUGGGAGAGUGUGGAAUCCGUGGUGGAUACGCUGAAAUCAUCAACAUGGAUCCUUCAGUUAUGGCAAUUUUAAUGAAGGCGAUCUCAGUAACGUUGUGUCCGACUGUUCUCGGCCAGAUUGUGAUGGAUGUUGUAGUAAAUCCUCCAAAACCAAACGAACCAUCGUACGAACAAUUCAAGAGGGAAAAAGAGCUAACGCUACGCAACUUAGCAGAAAAGUCACAGUUGGUGGUCGACACACUGAACACCAUUCCAGGUUUUAGGGCGAAUCCAGCCAUGGGUGCUAUGUAUGUAUUCCCGCGGAUCGAUCUACCCCAGAAAGCCAUAGAGGAAGCAAAAGCAAAAGGUAUGGAACCUGAUGCGGCCUAUGCCUUCAAACUGUUAGAGGCUACUGGAAUAUGUGUGAUACCUGGCUCUGGAUUUGGCCAGAAACCGGGAACGUACCACUUUAGAACCACAAUCUUGCCACAAAAAGACAAGAUAAAAACGAUGGUUGAGAGUGUGAAACAAUUCCACUUAAAGUUCCUGGAAGAGUACAAAUAAUUAUAAAAUUAUCACGUUGUUGCAUUUUAUGUCUUUGAAGUGCCAGGACCACAAUGUGCAGAUUAUUUAUAUUACAAAAAAAAACAGUAUUAUGUUCGCACGAAAAUGAUUGAAAAUCCACUUAAAAGCAUCAAGAACAAAUAUUAAAUUGUACAUUUUGUAAUGUACACAAGUUUUAAAAGGAAUAAUUUAUAGGUCAAAGUACACUAAGUUUGCACAAGUUUUGGCACGGAAAGGAAAGGGAUCUUUUUGAGUGCAUUAUUUACACGAUUCAUCGAAUAUUUAUAGUGUAAAUUUAUAAUUAUGUUAAGUAAUCGAGUGGCAUACUAAUUGAUGAAGUCUUUUUUUUAAAUGUAUGGUGGGUGUUUAUGCGUGUGUCUCAUAGUAAAUUGUGAUAGUAACAAGUUGAAUUAUGUUUUUAUAAUACUCACAAUGGUGUUUUCAGUCAGGAUAAAUCGGGUACGAAGCUUGUAACUUUCCUGUGUCACGGGCACAUUAUGUAACAAAACGUGUAGGCAAAUAAAAAAGAAUUUAGUGUUUAUAUUA